GUUUCCCUCUUCGGCUCCUCCCUUAUAUCUCUCGCCCUGCUUUCGCUCUCACACCACUUCGCCACAAAACCCAAACCCGUUCCACCCGCAAGGACUCUCUUCUGGGAAGAGUGGGACGGAUCGAGCUCGACCCCACAGAGGUCCGUCCAGACCCUCCUCUCCGGCAUAGAAAGGAGACGAACGCUCUUUGGGGUAAUGGCGCCGGCGUGGGAGCGUGCCAGGCGCGCGCUCACCGCCAGGUUCUGCAUGCGCUUUGCGGCGAGGCGCGUGGUCGUCGAGGACGCGCCACGUGGGAUGGUCGACAUAGAGGCGCCUUUUCCGGUGGCGGUGGCGGAGGCGGAGCAGCAGCAAGAGCAGCCGGAGGACGAGAGGGAGAUGUUGCUGGCCGCGGUGUCCUCCGAACCGGUGUCCGAGCAGCUGGCGUCGUCGAGGUCUGGGAGCCGGAGUUCAGCGAAGAUAUGUGCAAUUUGCCUCAGCGCCAUGAGGUCCGGCCGCGGCCAAGCACUGUUCACUGCUGAAUGCUCCCACAAGUUCCACUUCAACUGCAUCUCCUCAAACGUGCAGCACGGCAACAAAAUCUGCCCAAUCUGCCGUGCAGUAUGGAAGCAGCUGCCUUUUCAGGGGCCUCUGGCUGCAUCUGCUGCCCAUGGGUCAGCGAGAGUAAACCCAGCGAUUUGGCCCCAGAUGAGCAUGCUGUCGGUGAAUCCGCUGGACGAGCUCCCAGUCUUUGGCAAUCCGGAGCCAGCUGUUUUCAAUGACGAUGAGCAGAUACUUCUUCAGCCUGAAACAGCAGUUGGCGGCGAGGAGGGUGACGAGGUUCCCCCUUUGCUUGAGAUCACGACAUACAAUGAAUUCCCAGCCACCCAGGAGUCCGUGGCGCAGGAGGAAUUCGCCAUCUUGAUCCAUCUCAAGGCUCCGCAUGUGCCGUCGUGGGUAAGCACCCGAGCGCCGCUGGAUCUGGUGACUGUGCUCGACGUGAGCGGGAGCAUGUCGGGCCACAAGCUUGCGCUCCUGAAGCGCGCCAUGAGGUUCGUGAUCGAAAACCUUGACCCCAGCGACCGGCUCUCCGUCGUCGCCUUCUCCUCGUCGGCCUGGAGGCUGUUCCCGCUCCAGAGGAUGACCGCCUCCGGACAGCAGCAGUCGCUGCAGGCUGUCAACUCCCUCGCCGCCGAUGGCGGCACCAACAUCGCCGAGGGGCUGCGGAAGGCUGCCAGGGUGGUGGAGGACAGGCAGGCCAGGAACCCGGUGUGCAGCAUCAUGCUCCUCUCCGACGGCGUGGACUCCCACAACCUCCCGCCGCGGGACGGCUCGGCGCCGGACUACGGGCCGCUCGUCCCGCGCUCCAUCCUUCCCGGGAGCGAGCACCACGUGCCGAUCCAUGCCUUUGGCUUCGGCAUGGACCACGACUCCAGGGCGAUGCACGCCGUCGCCCAGAUGUCCAGCGGCACCUUCUCCUUCAUCGACAUGGCGGGGUCGAUCCAGGACGCCUUCGCGCAGUGCAUCGGCGGCCUCCUCAGCGUGGUGGCGCAGGAGACGCGGCUCGGCGUCGACUGCGCCGACGAUGGCGUGCUGCUCACGUCCAUCAAGUCGGGCGGCUACGCCAGCGGGGUGGACGGCGACGGGCGCGGCGGGUUCGUCGACGUCGGCCGACUCUACGCCGACGAGGGGAGGGACUUCCUCGUCACCGUGCGCGUCCCGCAGUCACGCGGGGACAUUGCGCUCAUCCGCCCGAGCUGUACCUACCGCGACGCGGUCACCAUGGAGAUGGUGCGGGUGGGAGGCGACCCGGUGACGCUGCUCCGCGCGGCGAACCCUGCGAACGCGGGGAUGUCCCUGCGUGUGGAGCGCGAGUGGCACCGCGUCCACGCCACCGAGGACAUAGCCGCGGCGCAGACCGCCGCGGAGGAGUACGACUACGCGCGCGCGGCUUCGAUCCUGGAGGCCCGCCGCCUGCUGCUGGAGUCGUGCGCGUCGCUGUCCUCGGACCAGCAAACGCAGGCGCUGGUGGCCGAGCUGCGGGAGAUGCAGGAGCGCGUGCUGAACGCGGAGCUGUACGAGGGGUCUGGCCGCGCCUACCUCCUGUCCGGGCUGAGCUCCCACUCGUGGCAGCGUGCCACGGCUCGUGGCGACUCGACUGAGCUCACGGGCCUCGUCCACAGCUACCAGACGCCGUUCAUGAUCGACAUGCUCAACAGGUCGCAGGCGCUCCAGCCGGAGGUAGCGGAGGCGCUGAGCCGGUCCCCGACGAUCGCGUCGUCGCGCAGCUCGGCCCCAACUCCCGCCCCUGCCUCCUCCGGCUCGCCGUGGACGCGACGCGGGCUUCGGUCGUUCAGGCCGGCAAAGUCUUUCACCGGGCUGUCAUUGUGAGUGCAGGACUGCAGGUUCGCUGAUUCCAUUCACAAUGCAUGCAAACUGGCAUCUUGCAGUAGCAGUAGCUAGGAGGAGCGCGGAAGAAAACUAUCACCAUUGAUCCGUUUCUUCGAUACUCUAUUGUCGUAGAGAGGAUUUGGUAUUACUGGUUUGUACUGCUGUUUGUCCGUGGAUUAAUCCUGAGACAUGUUGUUUGACCAUCGAUUCGGGUGUUUUUGUUCUAUAAACGUUUGUGCUGUUUGUCGAUUGUUUUUUCCAUAUAGUAGCUGUUUGGCCUC